GGGCUGUGUUAAGGGAAGGGGGUUCAGCAAGCACAGGUAGAGGAGAGGCCGGUACGGCCCCAACAGGCCAUCAGAGAGCGGCAAAAUGAUGGAGGGCCCUAGAAAGAAGUCACUCUAGAGGUAACCGCACGAAGGGGGACCCGCUAUGCCUCGGCUCACGAUCCUUUCCCGCUCCCUUUCUGCUGGGCGCAAAACCAUGCUCACCAAUCCCACCUAAACAAGGAGGCAAGGAGCCCAGCCUUUUGUGCAAACGGGAGCUGUAACUGCCCUCCUUUUCUGCCCCCAAGACAAGAGAGGACUCUUGGAAGCCGAGAAGGCUUUGAGAAGUCCUUUCCGGACUGAGCCGUCGCCGGAGGCCCCUGGCGGCCCGCCCGCGCACAGAGGUCCACGAUGGGCCUGCUGCAGGGCCUUCUCCGGGCGAGAAAGCUGCUGCUCGUUAUCUUCGUGCCGCUGCUGCUGCUGCCUCUGCCCAUGCUCCACCCCAGCAGCGAGGCCGCGUGUGCUUAUGUGUUGAUCGUGACUGCUGUGUACUGGGUGUCUGAGGCGGUGCCCCUCGGAGCUGCAGCCCUGGUGCCUGCCUUCCUUUACCCGUUCUUCGGAGUCCUCCGAUCCAGUGAGGUGGCCGCCGAAUACUUCAAGAACACCACGCUGCUGCUGGUGGGUGUCAUCUGCGUGGCAGCUGCCGUGGAGAAGUGGAACCUGCACAAACGCAUUGCUCUGCGCAUGGUCAUGAUGGCUGGAGCCAAGCCGGGCAUGUUGCUGCUCUGCUUCAUGUGCUGCACCGCACUGCUCUCCAUGUGGCUCUCCAACACGUCCACCACCGCCAUGGUGAUGCCCAUCGUGGAGGCCGUGCUGCAGGAGCUGGUCAGUGCCGAGGAGGAGCAGCUCGUGGCGGGCAACUCCAGCACCGAAGAGGCCGAGCCCAUCAGUCUCGACGUAAACAACAGUCAACCCUCCCUGGAACUCAUCUUUGUCAAUGAAGAGGACCAGCGAUCCGUGGCGACAACGUCAGGAGGACUGACGUCCGUAUUUAAGGGCCAGCCCCCCAAAUGCACUCCGCGCUACACGUCGACUGCAGACUUCACUUCUCUGAUGCAGGACAAGAACCUGAAUGGGGUGCCCCCAAUCACCAACCCUGUCAAAAUGGCAACACCCCAGGGCAAGAAGCAGCACCGAUCCCAGGAAAAGCCACUAGUCCUGAUUCCUGGGCCCAGGAACCAGGAGCUCAACCGAAAGUACAAGUCCCAGCGUGACCAGAUGAUCUGCAAGUGCCUGUCUCUGAGCAUAUCUUACGCUGCUACCAUUGGGGGCCUGACCACCAUUAUUGGUACCUCCACCAGCCUCAUUUUCUUGGAACACUUCAACAACCAGUACCCAGCUGCAGAGGUGGUCAACUUCGGCACCUGGUUCCUCUUCAGCUUCCCCAUCUCCCUCAUCAUGCUGGUGGUCAGCUGGUUCUGGAUGCACUGGCUGUUCCUGGGCUGCAAUUUUAGAGAGACCUGCUCUCUGAGCAAGAAGAAGAAGACCAAAAGGGAAGCGUUGUCAGAGAAGAGGAUCCAAGAGGAAUAUGAAAAGCUGGGAGCCAUUAGCUACCCUGAAAUGGUAACCGGAUUUUUCUUCAUCCUGAUGACCGUGCUGUGGUUUACCCGGGAGCCUGGCUUUGUUCCUGGCUGGGAUUCUUUCUUUGAAAAGAAGGGCUACCGCACGGAUGCCACAGUCUCCGUUUUCCUCGGCUUCCUCCUCUUCCUGAUCCCGGCAAAGAAGCCUUGCUUUGGGAAGAAGAGUGACGGGCAGAACCAGGAGCCCUCCCGGGGGACGGAGCCCAUCAUCACCUGGAAGGACUUCCAGAAGACCAUGCCCUGGGAGAUUGUCAUUCUGGUGGGAGGAGGCUAUGCUCUGGCUUCAGGCAGCAAGAGCUCUGGCCUCUCCACAUGGAUUGGGCACCAGAUGUUGUCUCUGAGUAGCCUCCCACCGUGGGCCAUCACCCUGUUGGCAUGCAUCCUGGUGUCCAUUGUCACAGAGUUUGUGAGCAACCCAGCCACCAUCACCAUCUUCCUGCCUAUCCUAUGCAGCCUGUCCGAAACGCUGCACAUUAAUCCACUCUACACCCUGAUCCCAGUCACCAUGUGCAUCUCCUUUGCAGUGAUGCUGCCCGUGGGCAAUCCCCCCAACGCCAUCGUCUUCAGCUAUGGGCACUGCCAGAUCAAAGAUAUGGUGAAAGCUGGCCUGGGGGUCAAUGUCAUUGGCCUGGUGAUCGUGAUGGUGGCCAUCAACACAUGGGGAGUUAGCCUCUUCCACUUGGACACUUUUCCAGCCUGGGCUAAGGUCAGUAACCUCACUGAUCAGGCCUGACACAAGCGGGCACACAGCCCAGCCAGAGGAGCUACGAGCGCCGAACAGAAUCUGACCAAGAAAGCCGCCAGGAGCACACAACCCCCACCAGAAGAUUCCACAGCCUGCCACCUUAGGUGACGAGCAGGAAGCCUCCGAUGCUGGGACGUUAGUGCCUUCUUCUCCGCCCUCCUUCCUCAGCACUGUAGUUCAGGAAAACCUAGCACCGUUCUCACGUCCUGUAUCUUGGGCUCUCCAGGUCUUUCUGAGGACAGGAAGAGCAGAAAGGCUGACUCAGUCGCCCCUCAGAGGCUAACUAAGCCUCACAAACUAGCCUCACUGGCUUCCAUGUUAUUCUUAAUACCUUAACCCCUUUUUAGGAGUUGGAGGAGAAAUCAAAUCAUCCCACCUGUGUAGUCACAUCUCCUCUUUCGGAGGAAAAUCUUCCCCCGGAACUUUCUCCUCAGCGUUUCUAUCCUAAGUUCUCACCACAAAAAGGCGACCUUGGCAAGUCCUCUUUGUGGCGAUCAGUACUCUUUUCUCACUACUCUGAUUCCCUUCUAAGCAGCUCCCUUCAAUGGCUUCUCUUUACCCUUGGUACCAAAUUCCCAUAAAGAAAUAGUGUCCCCCUUUAGAAAGAGGCUUGUACUGUUCUCUUUGUCCAAGGAAAAAGAAGUAGAGACAGAAGACACACUGAAGUCAGUACAGGUAUCCCCGGCUUUUCAAAAGUUCUGGUUACGCCACUUUGCUUUUACAAAAGACCCACGUGAGUACCUGUUUUCGCUAACCGGAGGAAAACUGAAGAGGAUUUUCGGAUUUCCGAGAAGAGUCCAAGUAGUGUUCGGUGGUUUUGCGGCGAGCCCUUCGAGGGGCAGUGUGCAACCUGAGCAACUGGAGUGGUGCCGCUGGGCCGCCUCCCGGGGAACUGCACCCAGCGUCUCUGCGCGGAGCUGCCAGAGCUGCGAGCUGCAUCUGCGAGCGUCUGUGCUGUAUGCCCAUUUACUUGGCGCACCCGUCAGCAAGGAGUUCCUAAGGUAUCAGGAGGAGUUCCUAAGAGAGGUUAUUGCGGAGGUCUGGAAACGCUCAAACGUCUUUCCAUAUAAAUUAAUGGCAAUUGCCUCUUCGCUUUAUGUCAUUUUGGCUUACGGAAGGUUUCAUAGGAAUUCUCUACUUUUGGAGAGUGGGGGGGCACCUGUCUCUCUCUUCGCUUUCCACUAAUCAUCAAUACCACUGCAUUGGUUGAGUUGGGAGGGAGGAAAAACUUCCCUACCUGUCUUAUUAAAAAGGCCAAGACUAUCAUUAAGACCACAGUGCUAUUAGCGAUAUCUGACUGGCUUUCUUUUGGAUGUAAUGAGUAGUUUGUUCCUGAGAAAGCAAGUACAGAAGGCCUCACACACCAGCCACUUCCUACAGGGAGCCCCUCGAGGGGAGAGACGUCUUACGUCUCUUCAAGUCCCCCGCAACUCAUACGAUAUAGUAAACUAACUACUUAAUAAAUGUUUCCUGUGAGAAAAAACCACUUUGGAAAUCAAGGCCUCCUUCUUCCUCUUGAAAAACCAGGCCGUUUUCUCCACGACAGAUGUUCCUGCUCGAUGACUGGAUAUAGCUCCCAAUCCCCCUGGCUUGGAGACAUUACAUAGUUCUGAUUGCUACCACCAGUUACUUGCUAAGUAGGUCUUACUGGAAAAGGUACACCCUAGAGCUGCUACAUUGUUUUACUUGAUUUUAAGUUAUUACUGACAGCAUGGGCGGUUUCCCCACAACAAUAACUUAUCAGUGAAGUCGCUCUCUUAGUUUAUCAAGGGUCUGUGAAUUAUAACAUUUCUUUUGUGCCGGUCAGCACUUGCGUGCUCUGACCACAAUGAAACUGACAGGAUUUAACCGCGGAUAUUACUGCUUCUUCUAUAUCAAUGAGCUUAGGCCACAUUAUGUGACUAGUGAUGAAAAUAAAGACCUCCUGAGCCCAAAUAAAA